GAGCUGGCGGGAUGUAAACUUUAUCAACUGCAUUAGACUUUCCUUAAAAACUAAAAUGUUGUGUAGAACCGUAUUUGUGUAAUAGAUAUGUGACAUGUUGUGCAUCCGUCAGUCAGUGUCUAAAUUUGUGUGGGUGUAGUGCGCCCGCAUUGCGUUUGCGAACACAUGUUCCUGUGCAAAUCGUGUUGAUCAUGAGAUGACACACGAGCAUGUUAAGUUUGUCAACAACCUUUCGAGACACCCUGUAUAUUCAAUUCCAAUUCCUAAUAAUUACAAAGCAAGUUUUUCGCACAUUUAUAUCUUUAUUUACGACCUUGUUUCGUUCAAUGUUGUUACAACCCGCUUCCUGUUUAAAGGUGUCUGGAGGCGAAACGAUGUGUGAGUAUGCCCAGUGUCUCUCUAACUUCGUCCAGCAGCACUUCUCUACAACAUCGAUCCCGCCUACUACGUCUGCAGGACAGACGAUUCAGGCAUAGGUUCCCGGAAGUGCCGCAGGAUGAGAAACUCCUCAACUACUUUUCAUGUGCACUUGUGUCUGACAUCCUUCUACAAGGGCAUCUGUUCAUCACUCAAAACUACUUCGCUUUCUACUCAAACAUAUUCGGACAUAAAACUAAGAUAUUAAUAAAUGUGUCUGAUGUUGUGAAAGUUACGAAAGAGAAAAUAGCAAAAUUCAUACCCAAUGCCGUCGGCGUCUACACGGAUUCCGAAAAGUACGUGUUCGGAUCUAUGCUGUCUAGGGAUUCAGCAUUUAGAAUCAUACAACAGACAUGGAUCCAAUCUACGGACCCGGGAUUGGGCCUACCGGACGACAGCGACAGUGAAGUUUCGCCUGCAAUAAUGCUGUUGGCGGACGAAGAUUCCUCAGUGAGCAGCGGCCUCUCCAGCCACCUGUUGACCGAUGAGAUGCCGGCAUCCGCAUCGGACCCUGCUGCCACGCCGGAAGUGGAGGCCCUCGGACGGAUGGGGGAGAUGCCGCCCACUUUCAUAAAAUCUCCAGCUCCGUCAAAGCCCUUACCAUCGCGAUGCAAGCUAGAUUAUUUCAAAGGUUAUGUUUAUAAAGUUGAGGAUAUGGUUAAAGAGCUCUCUCAGCUUUCACGUAUAUCACUAAUAUUUAUGUUUUCCACGUUUCUUCUCGUCCUGUUAUUUUUGUCUACUGCUGUACUUUUAUAUAGAAUUCACUUGCUCCACCAAAAGCUUUUAGCCAAAGACGAAGUUUUCGUUAGCAACAUUCCAAGACUAGGUGAAUUUUCUGACAUAGUGCCAUCAGAAUUUUCCAUAGUAGUCUCUAAUUUAGAAGAAAGGAUUAGAAGUUUAGCAGAGGUAAGAAUAACACUAGAGAAGUUGUUAGCAAUGGCAAGCAAAUUCCAAGUGCCUAAUAGAUAAAGGUGUAACAUCAAAGGUUUGAAUUAUGUGUCCAAAGAACUUUUAAGAGCAAGUUUCAAGAUCGUGUGAAAUUUGAAGAGGUGCCUAAGGACUCCAUUUUUAUAACUUACGGCUAAAAAGUAUCAAGUUCUUGCUCAAAAAUGUAUAUAGACUGUCAACUUCCGGUGCACAAGUGCCAUCAAUUUCAAAGGAAAUUUAGGGCAUGCAGCAAUGAUAUACCACAAAUAAGCAGGACUUAGAGUGGAAAUAUUUGUUGGGUGUUAUUUUAAUUUGUAUGCUUUAAAAACCAAGCUUCACUCGUGAGCAUAUAUGUGAUGACAAUGUUUUAUGCAUUAUAAAUAUCAACACAGAUAAAGCAUUGAAAAGAAAACAUUUUUAGUUUUUUGGUAAAUAAUUUUAAAAUCUAUCAAGUAUUUUUAGUGCAAUAUCAUUUAAAUGUUUUGUUUCAUUCAAAUGUACAAGCUUGAAAAUUUAUAUUUAUUAAAUCUACAGUUAAAAUGAAUUAUUACUAUACCAGAAACAUUAAUUAGGUGAAUGAGAACAAAAUGAAGAGUAUGAGAUUUUAGAAAAUGUUAUCAUUGUGAUAAACUGGAAAAUUGAUAACAGCUCUAAGAAAUAAAUUACAAGAUAAAUAUCAAGAGAAUGAGCACAUUUAGAUUUGAUUAUAGUUAAUAUCUUAGCAUUGUAAGGCUAGCAGAUAUUUAAUUUCAAACAGCAAAAAAAAAAAGUGCACUUAGUGAAAAUCUCAAGCUUGCUUUUAUCUUAACUGUGUUAUUAAAGUUUAUAUAUUUAUUUAAAAUAUUGAAAUUAUAAAUAAAGUCCCUUUAACCAUGAACACUAGUAGAUGUCAGUUUGCAUGCAUGGGCUUUUUUGAAUGUCUACAACUUACAUUACACAUUUUUGUUGUACACAAUACCGCAAACAUAAAAGCAUGAAGAACAUUUCAGUUUAGAAACAACUUCAAGUUGAUAUAAGAAAAACAAACCUUUGCUUUUUCUUUUUCUUCUAAAUUGCUCUCUCUAUAUAUAUAUAUAUAUUUUCAUGCAUUUUUAAUGUUUUAACAUACACAUAAGGGGAGGAGGAGGAAUAAAACCUUAAAAAACCCAUUGUGGCAAUUAAAACAAAUACUGCAUUAGAGGGGUUGUACAUUUCUUUCUUUUUACUUGCACAUAUGAAUUUACAAGGGGGAAAACCUUUUUUCUUUUUGGAAUGAUUAAAUUUUCUCUACAACUCAUAUUUGAUAAUUAAUUAGUUUUAAAUUAUUCUUUGAAUACAUAACUUCACGUUUUUUUGCACUGAAAAGGGUGUUCCUUGUAACCCCUCUCCAACACAUUUGCAUUUUUUUUAAAACCGUUGCUGUACAUUUCUGUUAUAUUUAACUCUUCUCCCCAUGUUUUAGUAAAAACUACGUAAAUGCAUUUGAUAAAUGCCGGGAGAAGUAUUGUUAUUACAGAAUCCAGUAAAAUGAUUUUGCCACUUGAUGCAGUCAAGUUAGUCAUAAAUCCACAAAAUGCGAUU